GUGUGUGUGUAGAGUAGAGCUGCUUCACCCACACUUUCCUCAGUAAGAGAACACACUCAGAGAGGAACAAUGUCGGAGCUGCUGAGAAUACUGCUCCUCUUACUGCCUGCCAUCCUGCACACAGCAAAUGGAAAUUCACUGGCAAUGGAAACUUGGUGCCUCCGGAGCUCUGAUGGUCUCAGUGACAUGGAGUUCAUACUGUCUUACAUCUUCAAUAAGAUCAACUACAUGGAGUUUAACAGCACUCUGGGGAAGUAUGUGGGAUACACUGAAAUAGGCAUCAAAAACGCAGAGAGAUUGAACAAAGACACUGCACUGCUGGAAUCGCGGAAAGCCGAAGUGGAACGUUACUGUAAGCCCAAUGCUCAGAUUUACUCCAGCGCCGUCCUCAGUAAAGCGGUUGAGCCCCAGGUUGAGGUCACUUUGGUAAAGAAGUCAGAUGGCACUCACCCAGCCAGGCUGAUGUGCAGCGCUUACAGCUUUUACCCACCAAACAUUGAGGUGACCUGGCUGAGAAACGGUCAAAAAAUAAAGGGAGGUGUAACGUCCACUGAGGAGAUGGCUGAUGGAGACUGGUACUAUCAGAUCCACUCACAUCUGGAGUACAUGCCUGAAUCUGGAGAGGAGAUCUCCUGUGUGGUGCAACACGCCAGCUUCCAAAAGCCCAUGGUCUAUAAGUGGGAUCCCUCGAUGUCUGAACCUGAUAAGAGUAAGAUUGCUAUCGGGGCUUCAGGGCUGGUGUUGGGGAUCGUGCUUUCAGCUGCUGGAUUCAUCUACUACAGGAAGAAAUGCUCAGGACGGAUCCUGGUGCCGACAUAAACACAGGUCUGUGAGCAGAGAAACACUGGAGUGUUUGCUGAAAUCGCUUUAUCUGUUAAACAUCUGCUUUAUUCCGAACAAUUAGAACCUGCUGAGAAAUGAGCAUUUCAUAAUAUGUGCAUCUGCAUCUGUAUUAUCACUUUCCUUAAUGUCAGACCAGCUUUCUGUCAGAUUUUGCUGAAACUGAUGUUAAAUAUCUUGAUUAUAGGCUUUAUAAGAGUUCUUGAGUAGAAAUUUGACAAACUGAGCUUAGAUACUACAUUCAGCUUAAAAAUGUAUAAAUUAAUUCCUUAUAAUGCAUCUGAAAGUUAUGAAAUAAUUAAUUACUAUUACAGAAGUAAAUGUAGCCUUGUAAAAUUUUCAUUAUUAAAUCAUUAGCGCCCCCUACAGUCUAUUUUAACCUGGAUCACUUCCUCAGUUUUAGUGAUGCUGUUUAUUACGAUUCAAUACUAACAGUUAUCUGUAAAUUUCUGGUUUUGUAUCAUCAAUCACUUAAAUUUCAUUUUAAUGGUAAGAACUGGAUUGAUUUUUGAUUCUGUAUGGAUGCUGACUCUUAAUAAACUUUUGGUUGUAAAAGAAA